AUGGAAGAAGAGGAGCUGAGGAAGAAGACACUCGUCGAGCUGCGAGCCAUGUUGUCCGAGCGCAACAUGAAAACCACCGGCAAAAAGGAGGAGCUCAUUAACCGGUUGCUCGGAGAGGAGAAGGAGGAAUCUACUGGUGCGUCCUCCUCUAACUUGACGGUGAUGGGACGCCAUCCAGAGACGAAGGCUCUGGCCGAGGUUGAGCUUGAAGAGACGAAUGAAAAUGUAGAAGAUGAUGAAGCCGUGAAGAAGGCCGGUGGAAACUCCAGUCCUGACUCUCCAAGUAGCCCAGACGGCGUGAGCAUCCGGGCCAGCCCUUCCAGUCCCACCAAAACCGGCUCACCUAAAGAGGUGGCGAAGGAGGAGCCAAAGCACGUAGCGGCAGGAGCCUCGAUGCCCAGCGAGAUUGGUGCGCUCACCAUGGAGGAACGCAUGGCGCUGCGCGCCAAGAGGUUCAACAUCACCACGAGUGACGCGAAACCCGCGGAAAAACGGUCACAGAGCUCCGACGGGCGGCAGAAAAGACGGCGGGGUUCGCGUGGCGGCAUGACGCAGGCCGAGCGCACCAAGCGUCGUCUGGAGCGGAUGAUAAAGCGCGACGGGGUAAAGGGGGAGGUGCCGCUGGACGACGAUGAGCGUGCGCGGAGACAGAAACGUUUGGAACGAUUUGGCGCAGCGUAG